AUGGAUUAAUAAUAUCGAACUUCAUUACAAUUUUUAUACUUCUAUAUAUUAAAUCAAGGAGAUAGUAAAAUGAAAAAGAAGUAAUGGUAAUAGUAAUUAGAUAAGGAAAAAAAACCAGUUUUAUUAGUCACUGCUCAUCCUGAUGAUGAAGCCAUGUUUUUUUUACCUACAAUUACUUAUUUAAAUGAUAACAAUUACGAAGCUCAUUUAAUAUGUUUAUCGAAUGGAAAUGCUAAUAAAAUUGGGAAAAUAAGAGAAGCAGAAUUAGAAAAGUGUUGUAAAUACCUAAGCAUAAAUAAAGUAACCAUAAUAAAUGAUGAACAAUUAUAAGACUCAAUGAGUGUUAUGUGGCCAAUAGAAAAAAUAUAAAAAAUAGUAGAAGAAUAUAUUGCAGAAAAUAAUAUUAAGGGAGUGAUAACUUUUGAUAACAAAGGUAUUUCAGGGCAUUUAAAUCAUAUCGCAUGUUAUAAAGCAAUAUCUAGUAUGAAAAGACCAGAAGGGUUAAAGGUGUUUGCGUUGGAGACAACAAAUAUAUUAAGAAAAUAUAGUUCAAUUUUAGACUUCUUCGUCUCUUCUAUCCUUAAUGAUAAUCUCAUGGUGAAUCUAAAUAUCUUAAAGGCAUGGAGGUCAAUGUAAAUUCACCAUUCGUAAUUUGUAUGGUAUAGAAAGCUGUUUGUUGUGUUUUCGAGAUAUGCUUAUAUAAAUACAUUGAUUAAAAUUUGA